GCCAGCAGCGGCCCAAGCCGCCAGUGCAGUGCUGCUCCGCGCGAGAAACCACCGAGGAGCCGCUGGUCAGCGGCCCCAGCUACCCCUAGACCCCACCCGUCUCUGGAGAUAUAGAUCUGCAAAAUGAGGACUCUAGAAAUUUUUAGGUUCUCUAUAGGAACUAUGAAGAUGGAAGAAAAGAAAAAUUAAAAAGGAAAUUGUUUUUAAAGUAUGUUUACAAGGAACUGAUACUGUUGGCAGUAGAUUGUGGGGGGGGUUUGUUUUGUUUUGUUUUGUUUUGUUUUUGGAAUAAAGUACUUUGAGAAGAUUGUAUUUAUGUUAAAAAGGAAACUGGACUAACAAUGAGGCCAAAGACUUUUCCUGCUACAACUUAUUCUGGAAACAGCAGACAGAGAUUGCAAGAGAUUCGUGAAGGGUUAAAACAGCCUUCCAAGUCCUCUGGUCAAGGGCUAUCCGUUGGACCAGGCAGUGACACCUCCUUGGACACCAAAAUCUUUGUAGUAAAAGAUGCAGCAAGGCAGCAGCAGAUGAAACCUACUCCAAAGUUUGGACCUUAUCAAAAAGCUUUGAGGGAGAUCAGAUAUUCUUUGCUACCUUUUGCUAAUGAAUCAAGCACAGUGGAUGUAAACCGGCAGAUGUUACAGGAGUUGGUCAAAGUAGGAUGUGAUCAGGAGAUGGCGAUAAGAGCACUCAAACAAACAGGUAGUAAAAACAUUGAAGCUGCUCUGGAAUACAUUAGUAAAAUGGGUUAUGUGGACCCGAGAAAUGAGCAAAUUGUGCGGGUCAUUAAGCAGACCUCCUCAGGAAAAGGAAGUGUGCCAAAUAAUGUAACUCGAAGGCCAAGCUUUGAAGGAACAAGUGAAUCUUUUCCAUCCUAUCACAUCAGUAGUGCAGCCUAUGAAGGGACAGGCUUUGGAGUAGAAGGGGCAAACAUGCUGAGUGAUGUGCCCAGGCAGUACAUGGAUUAUCUGCUCUCUGCUCCUCAGCCUUCAGCUCUGACUCCUACAGGACCGAGGCCUCUUGGGGUCAGCCCUCAUAACGCCCCUGGUAGCCAUCAGCACCAGUCCAAAGCGUAUUCUGCAAAUUUGGAGGCUCCAGGCAUUAAUUAUCCAGUUGCUAAUCACAGCAGCCAGGCCCUGCAGCUCCAGCCCUCUCACGGUUCAAACGGCCCACACUAUGGUAGGCCACACAUGACAGUACAGGGAGAACCAAUGGGGUAUGGCAUCCAGAGAAGCCCUUCUUUUCAAAACAAGAUACAACAAGAGGGAGGGUAUGCAAAUCUUCCAAGUAAAGGGCAAGUGGUCCAGAAUAACUCUGGUCACACAUUUCAGCCAGCAGCAACAAGUCUGUACAUGACACAUUCUCAUCAUAAGCAGAGCAGCCCCUCCUCUCACCAGAUGCACAUGAUGGCUGCCCGGAAUCCAGCAUUUGCUAAUGACUUUUCAGACAACCCACCGCAGAGUCUCAUCACCCCAUCUAGAAACAGCCUGAACAUGGACUUAUAUGACAUGAACAACCCUGCAGUUCAGGGAUGGCAGUCAUCUACUCUGUCACGGCGGGAUUCUUUACAAAACCCAAGCCUGGAGGCUUCUCCUCGACCUCACGUCUCAUUCCGGCCUGACGGCCACGUGCCAAGCAGAACUAAUUCAUUCAACAACCACCAACAGCCACCAGUAGCUGUGUCCAUUAGGACAGGACCUGCCAGCAAAACGGAUGCCUCUAUCCCUUCCCCCAAUACUAUCACAGCUGUCACAUCUGCCCACAUCCUGCAUCCGGUGAAGAGUGUAAGAGUCAUGAGGCCAGAGCCUCAGACAGCUGUAGGUCCAUCUCACCCCGCCUGGCUUCCCCCAAAGACACCAGCUGUGGAAGGUUUAGAAAUGAUGGAGCAGCAUCCUCUCCCAAAAGGAAGUCCAAAUGCUUACCCACUGGAUGUUGAUUAUGGCACUCAGGAGCCAAGGUGCCCACCACCUCCAUAUCCCAAGCAUUUGCUCCUUCCAAAUAGUUCUGAGCAGUUUGACAUAAAUAGCCUUUGUGUGGGGGUGGAACAGAGCCUUCGAGGGGUUCCUAACUCAGUAAGCAGUCAGGCUGAGGACAGUGUUGAGAGAAAUGACAAAAGCGGCAAGAAUUCCAAGGUGGAAAAGCCAGGGAAGGAUAUAAAGCAAAUCCAAACUUCUCCUGUCCCUGUUCGUAAGAACAGCAAAGAUGAAGAGAAGAGAGAAUCUCGAAUUAAGAGUUACUCUCCUUUUGCUUUUAAGUUCUAUAUGGAGCAGCAUGUGGAGAAUGUCUUAAAAACCUACCAGCAGAAAAUUAACAGACGAUUGCAAUUGGAGCAAGAAAUGGCUAAAGCUGGUCUCUGUGAAGCUGAACAGGAACAAAUGAGGAAGAUUCUGUACCAGAAGGAGUCUAACUACAACAGGCUGAAGAGGGCCAAAAUGGACAAAUCUAUGUUUGUGAAAAUUAAAACCCUAGGUAUUGGUGCUUUUGGAGAAGUUUGCCUUGCUUUCAAAGUAGAUACUCAUGCCCUGUACGCCAUGAAAACCCUGAGGAAGAAGGAUGUUCUGAAUCGUAACCAGGUGGCUCAUGUCAAAGCAGAAAGGGAUAUCUUGGCAGAGGCAGACAACGAGUGGGUGGUUAAACUCUACUACUCUUUCCAAGACAAAGACAACCUGUAUUUUGUGAUGGACUACAUCCCUGGUGGGGACAUGAUGAGCCUGCUUAUAAGGAUGGAAGUCUUUCCUGAGCACCUGGCCAGAUUUUACAUUGCAGAGUUGACUUUAGCCAUAGAGAGUGUCCAUAAGAUGGGAUUUAUUCACAGAGACAUCAAACCAGAUAACAUUUUGAUAGAUCAUGAUGGUCACAUCAAACUGACUGAUUUUGGACUCUGCACUGGAUUCAGAUGGACUCACAAUUCCAAAUACUACCAGAAAGGGAGUCACAUCAGACAGGACAGCAUGGAACCUAGUGACCUCUGGGAUGACGUAUCAAAUUGUCGAUGUGGAGACAGGCUAAAGACCCUAGAGCAAAGAGCUAAAAAGCAGCAUCAGAGAUGUUUGGCGCAUUCACUUGUUGGAACUCCAAACUACAUUGCCCCUGAAGUUCUCCUUCGUAAAGGGUAUACUCAGCUCUGUGACUGGUGGAGCGUUGGUGUGAUCCUCUUUGAAAUGCUAGUGGGGCAACCCCCUUUCCUGGCCCCAACUCCCACAGAAACCCAGCUGAAGGUCAUAAACUGGGAAAGUACACUUCACAUUCCAACACAAGUCAAGUUGAGCUCUGAGGCCAGUGACCUCAUUACCAAGCUUUGCUGUGCUGCUGAGAACCGGCUAGGCAGAAAUGGUGCUGAUGAGAUCAAGGCCCAUCCAUUCUUCAGCUCCAUGGACUUCUCUGGUGACAUCCGAAGGCAGCCAGCCCCUUAUGUGCCAAAGAUCAGUCACCCCAUGGACACCUCAAAUUUUGAUCCUGUAGAUGAAGAUGGUCCUUGGAAUGAUGUCAGUGGGGAUAGCACUAAGGCCUGGGACACUCUGACUUCUUCCAACAGUAAACACACGGAGCAUGCCUUUUAUGAGUUUACUUUCAGAAGGUUCUUUGAUGACAAUGGGUAUCCAUUUAGAUGCCCAAAACCUUCAGGAAUUGAAGCCACACAGUUGCAGAACUCAGACAUAGAAAACAAAGAGAUGGUGGAUCAGACUGGAGACUGUCAACCUGUGUAUGUGUAAAUGAUUACAUAGCAUGCCCCAGACAGUCUGGGUAUUUAGAUAUAAGGAGGGCCUCAAAGCUGAUCCUGUAACAGACACGCUUGGAAGUUGAGGUUAAUUUUGUUGUAAAUAAGUACUUCGAUUACUACACUUGAAAUUCUGGUCUUCAAAAAAAAAAUGCUUUGCAAGUCAAGCAGUUCUUCAUUUCUAGACUCUGGUUUGUGUGAGAUCAACACCACUCACACAGAUAGACAUUUAAAGACAAUUCACAGCAUUAAACAAUAUUUUUUAAAAUUUAGUACAGUUUAGAAAGAGCACUUAUAUUUUGUUUAAAUCAAUUUUUUUCCUACUAAAUUAUAGGGAUUAACUUUGACAAAUCAUGCUGCUGCUGUUAUUCCUUUUUCUACAUUGGUAUUUUAGCCAUAGCACUUAUUUCACAUUUAGGAAAAUCAUUAAAAACUGAAGAACAUGAUGGGAAAAUCUCUGUGCAAUAAUGUAAAAAA